AUGGACUUUGCUGGAGCACUUCGGGGCAAUGGCGGCCUCAGAGAAGCACUUAGAGAACUUACACGAGCCUUGUCUAUGUGCUAUGAAGAGCUGACUUCAGAAGCUGAGCCGGAUCGCCUACGAAAUGAGAGCACUGCGGCAGAGACAGAAUGGGCCAAUGCUACCCGGGCCGUGGCGGCAGCGCGGGCCAAGGACGACGAGCUCCGGGCCGAGGUGAAGUGGCGAUCCGCCGAGCGGACGGCAGCGGAACGGGCGGCCAAUGAGGCAGAAUCCCGCCACCAGCUGGCAAAGGAAACACUGGCACAGGCAGAGAAGCAAUGUAUGCUGGCGGCCGCGGCAGCAACACAAAAGCAGAGCUCACUGCGACAGCUUUCGGAGUUCGAGUCAGCUAUGCAGCAUCAGGCGAAACUUGUGGAGCAAGCCAAGUCAGAGGUUCAGCAGGCCAAAUCCGAAGUCAUUACCCGGGUGCAAGAAGUGGAGAGCUUGCGCCAGGACUUGAGCAACCUCCGAGCUCUUUAUGACCGGGAGAAGUUGACUGCCCAGCGGCAAGCAGACCUCAUAAAGGAGCACGAUGCACUGGCGCAGCAGCUGGAAGCCAUCCGUGGUCAGCUGGCAGCCACGAAAACAAGCAAUGCAGAGCUCCAGGCUUCUCUGCGCCAAGCGAAGGCAGAUCGUGAGCAGCUGGAGGCCGAGUUGUCCUCCGUCCGAAACCGCGAGUUGAACCUGGAGGCCGAGUUGGCGGCGGUGCGCCGCGCCCUCUCCUGUGCAAAGACAGACGCCUCCCUUCUCCGGACAAAGCUCGAGGCACUGCCCCAGUCUGCACCGGCACAAGCACCUUUUCAGGGCCGCACGGCCGAGGUUGGAACGGGAAUGGCCUCCCGGUCUGCACCUUGUGGAGGUCACAGGCAGACUGCCGACCAGGCGCAGCAUGUGGCAAUGGAUGAUUGGAGGCAUGUGGAGUCCUCGGCAUGGGACGUCUCUUCCCGGCUGGCAGCGCAGCCACUGCUCUAUCCCGACCCUUGCGCAGUCGACAAGCCGUCUCCGAAAGUGGUCGCUGCAGCAACCUUCGAGCCGUUCAAGCGGAAGCUGUCGGAAGAUCAGAAUGCAAUGCCCCUUCCGGCUGAGAACGAUUACUUUCCCGACACACAAGAGGACGAGCAGCCGGAGGCCAAGUGCCCCCGCCUCUCCAAACCGACUAGCCCCGCCGGCUUUGCCGCAGUAAGCUCCCACACCCCAGAACCCAAGCGCCCCGACCCAGUGACAACCCCAGAACCCAGGCGCCCCGACCCAGUGACAACCCCGGAACCCAAGCGCCCCGACCCAGUGACAACGCCCUUCCACAAACCAGAAAUCGAAGCUCGCAUGCCGGGAAAUUUCCAGAUGCAGGCGCAGUCCCCCAACCUGUUGAUGUUGCAGGGCCAGUCCAAAAACAGCACGGCGCGCAUGAGUACCCAUGCUGCAGCCGCCAACGUCGUUGGUCUGGGGGCUAUCAGCGCCUCGUCUUCUGGCAUAUACCUGCCUUCAGGACUACAACCUCGAGCACAGCCUGCGCUUCUGGAACCAAGCCAAGCGGCCCUUCGGGCGCCAAGUGCCCAGCCCGCUCCGUUGGCCAAGCCAGCGGCCUCCGGCAAGCGGCAAAUGCGCACGAAGGAGGACGUGCUGCGGCUGGCACGCUCCAUGUACUCCACAAAGCCGUCGGCCAAGCAGCUCCGCAAUCCUCCACUCAAGCUAUAUCCCGUGCAUGUGGACUACGUCCUCGCCAACUGGGACCGAUAUCCCUCAGCCCAAGGCGGCAAGCCCGACGACAGGGCCAGGGCAGGGCUAGCAACGAGAAGCCCCCUCCCCAACCCGAAGAUGACCCCCAACCCCACCCCAAAGACGCCUUCUGAACGCCUCACUCCAACAACACCCACGAGCUGGCAGCAUGUACAGCACUUUCUGCAGGCGCAAAGCGUGCAAAGCCCACGGGAGAGCUUCCCGAGCGCGCGUGUGGUCUCCAGCGUGAGAUGA